UUUCCUCCCCAGUCCUUGCUGCAAUUCAUUAUCAAAUUCUUGAAAUUUCUUGAAGUUACUGUUUUACUCAUGCCAUUAUUUAUUUCAUUAGUAACUGUUCCUAUAUUGGGCAGGGAACAAAAUCAUGGUCUUGACUAUGGAAACUUGUAAUGUUCAUCAAUCAUCUCCAUAUCAAUUCCUUGCUAGGGUUCAAGAUACCAACAUUUGCUUCAAUUCUUGAAAUUUAAAGAAGAAGUAACCCAUGAGGAUUCCAGUUACUUUUGUUACUCUUGUGAUUAUUUAUUUGUAUUAGUUGGUAAAAACGUUUCUAUAUUGUACAGGAACAAAGAUCAUGGUCUUUGAGUUUUGACUAUGGGAACUUGUAAUAUUCACUUUCGCUCUAAAUAUGUACUCAUUGCUAGGGUUCAAGAUACCAACACUCGUUUUAAUUCUUGAAAUAUAAAGAAGGAAAAGUUAACUCAUGAGGAUUUACAGUUACUUCUGUUACUCCUUGGGUAAAGUAUGUUAUGCAAUUUUCCUUCUUUAGGAAAAAAUAUUGAUAUCUCCUGAACCGUUUCGGGGGACAGCUUAAAUUGGACUCUUGCGUAGGGCUUUGGUCAUAUUGUCACUUAGUUUGCUUUUUUUUUUAUUUUAUUAAGUAGAUUCAUUGUUGGCAUCAAGAAAGAAGAAGAUAUUAAAGAGAUGCUGUCAAAUUCAUUACAAUUGUCUAUGCUACAAAAAGGUUAUACCAAAAAUAUUUAGUUAGCCCAAGCCCCAAUGAGGCAAAAAACUAUUUUAUGUGCAACUUCCUCUUAAGCUUGUAUAUGUGCUUUAGUAUCCUUCAAUAGCUGAACCCGUUGUCUUGGAUUUGAUCUUUAGAUAUCUCAAGCAGUUCUUGUUACUUAUUCAUCUUCCUAUCAGUUACACUCCAAAUCGUUCUCUCCCCUCAUGAAUAUGUACUAUGGCAAUGCAUUUCUACGGUUCAAGAUACUAAGACUCGCUUCAUACGGCGGUGCCUAACAGAGUUGAAUAAUUCCGUGUUGCCAUUAUUUUUCUUGACAUUUAAAGAACGAGAAGGGACAAAGAUCUACUGUCAGCUGUGCAAGGAAAAAUAUUUCUGUUAUACGACUGGUUCUCCUGUAUUCUCACAUUUGUCAUUGGUCAAGCUUCUUCUUAGGGCCGAUGAUUAGUCUUUGGGGCUCUUUGAACCAGAUACGGAGAUGCUAUGUCUAUGCUAUACUCAGUAGCUACAAGAUUAGAGCCAGCAUUGGACUUGUGUUUGAUAACAUCUUUACAAAGUACAGUGAUUUUACAGACAACUGUAUGUCUAUUCAAGUGCAAAUCCACGGAGCUGAAUCCCUUCCUCAGGUAAUAUGCAAUACUGUUGAGUUUCUACAAUAGUAUGCCCUGAAAGAAAUGUAUAACACGAUCUAGGAUCCAGAGUCUGAUGUUCUUGAGAUAUCGAGGAAGCAUAGGAUGAUAACAACACGGUCAUUGAGUGGGCAGCCACUAAGGUGAUGAAAACAUUGUUUACAAGAAAACCAACUUGUGUGUACUGCACGUGAGUACUAUAUCAGUAAGUUUAUCAUAUCUACAGGUCUUAAUUCUAUAAUUUAUACAGGAUCCAUACUCAAAGCACCGAUUUUGAAUAAACCAGUCCAACUAGAUUUGUCUCUGAACAGGACCCAAGACUUUGUUACCUUACCUUUUUAGACCUUUCAAUACGUGGGUCUCCCUAGGUUCUUGGUGGCAACAAAUUUGAUGUAAUCUGUUUCUCCAUUCCUGUUAUGUUUUUAGAAAACAAAUCUUUAUUUCACAUACUCGGAUUUUAUUUCAAUAGGCCAUAACAGUUUUUAAUGUCUAACAUUGCAUUCAACUACAUAAUCUAUUGCAAGACCUGCUGCAAAUGUAUUUAUAUUUCUGAUACCCUAGAUAGAUUUACGAUACCGAGUAUAAUUUUCUUCUUUGAUUACUUCCCUAUUAUAUCCUUAAGUUGAUAUAGUUGCUAGCAUAAACAUUACUUGUCUGAGUUUCAACAUAAAAAUGAAUAAAGUCCGAGACUGAGAGCUUCUUAUUGUUGUUAUCACCUUUAUAUUUCUUUUGAUCUUUAGAUGUUGGCCGAAUACGUUUAUAGCAGAAGCACACAGAAACGGCAGAGAAGAAGUGAAUCUAUACAGAUCACUGUAAUCUAAGCGGGGCAUUUAUUAGUAGACCCUUUUUGGCAAAUUCUUUUAUUUGAAACUCAAUUUUAAGAGGGAAAACCUGAAAAUUCACGCCAACCUCAGUCCUACUCACACACAUUGAAUUUUUUUCCUUAAUAGCACAAAAGGUUGGGAUUUUGAAUAAAUCGUUGACAGAUUGGCGCUGCCUGUGCUGUAGGCGCCCAUUUUUCAUUCCCCUCUUUUCCUCUCUGCCUCUCUCUUACUUGUCUUUUGUAUACUAGUACUGGCGUUACUUUUGAGCCUUUCUGCAUCGCGGUUUUCCCCUUUAUUAUUUGUAAUUUCUUUCGGGUUUUUGCAUCUUAAAACCUAGUUUUCAGAUUACAGUUUACUUCUUGUUCUUUGAGUGCUUUGAACAAAGGAAACGGUUUCCAUGGAUCUUACUCCUGUUUCUGAGGAGAAAUGCAUCAAAGGGCUGCGUAAAGUUGGAAAUGAGCUACUUCAGCAACCCCCAUCUUCUAAAGAUGAGAUUCUGAAGAAACUUGAUAACUUGGAGCAUCUUUUGUCAAUGGUGAAGCAAGUUCCCCCAGCAUCGGUGCGAGAUGCUAUUCAGCCUGCAAUGGAAGCACUGGUUACAGAUGGAGUUCUACGGCAUCCUGACAUAGAUGUGAAGGUAUCAGUUGCAUCUUCCAUGAGUGAGAUCAUUAGAAUUACAGCUCCAGAUCAACCAUAUAAUGAUAUCAGACUUGAGGACUUUUUUAAGCUUGCAGUUUUGGCAUUUGGGAAAUUGUCCUGCUUGGAGGGUCGCUGUUAUUCAAAGGCUGUCUCAAUUAUUGAAGUUCUUGCUAAGUACCAAACGUGCGUGCUGAUGUUGGAUCUCCAAUUAGAUGCAUUGAUUGUUCAGAUGUUUCAACAUUUUUUAAAUAGUAUAAGGCCGGAUCACCCUGAUGAAGUAUUCAUGAACAUCAAAGAAAUAAUGACCAUGAUAAUAGAAGAGAGUGAAGAUAUUCCAAUGCAGCUUCUGAACACCCUUGUGAGCAUCCUCAUAAGUAGUGUAAAGAAGGAAAAUCAGAAUGUUUCACCUCGUUCCUAUGUUCUGGGAGAGAAAGUUCUUCAAGAAAGUGCUGUCAAACUCUAUCCAUAUCUUCAAAAGGCAGUGACGGACCUUGGCAUUUCCUUUAACAACUAUUCAGAAGUUGUUGAAUUAAUCUGGAGGGAGGCGAUUAAAACUAAAGCUACGGGGAAAGCAGCUGAUGUUCUGGCUCCUCCAACAACGACCAAGCAGGAUAAUUUAACUCCAAAAGGAGGGCGCCGAAAUAAAGGGGUCAAGGUGGAUGUGCAUGGCUAUAAAGUAGAAGUUAGCAGUGCUCCCAUAUUGACUGCCAUUUUUGCCAAGUAUGGUGACAUUGCAGUCAAUUGUCACUACAAAUCAUUGGCUACCAGAGCUUCCCUUCUUGAUCUAGUUUGUGAUGUCGUAAAGAGGCUGAAAGCUGGUGAUGUUGGUUCUUCAUCAAUCAAACAGAUGAAAUCUUUUGUCUCUACUGCCGUGGAAGUUGAGCUUGAUGUAGCUUGGCUGCAGCAGUAUCUGGAUGAGAUUUCAAAAGAAGAGAAUAUGGAGAAAAGGUUGCAUAUGGAUAUCGAUAUCCUUCUUCGUUGAAUUGUGGAGCAAGACAUCAAUUUCUCUGUGAAAUGAGUUUAUUAAAAUUCGUUUUAUCAAACACAUAACAUUUUUGUUACCGAUCCUUUGGUCCAACGAUAUUUAGGUUUCUUCAAAUCCGUUGGUGGCCUAAGGGCCAAAAUCAAACUAGAGGCCUUAAAAAAAGUUAUAAAUGAUUUUAUUUUAAACCU